UCACAGACGACCGUGUCUGAUAGCAGUACAGUGCGCAUAUAUCCACGAUGUAUCCGAAGCUCGCGACAGUUGCAGCAAUAGGUCUGGUGCUGAUGGUGGUGCUACCUCCGCCGGUGCUUACCCUACGCUACACGAUCCACAACACCAAGGUGACGUUCUUCAACGCUUUGACGCAGUGCAUUCAGUUGAACGGACAUCUGGCAGCAGUUCAAACUCCUUACCAGCAGGCCGCGAUCUGGAAGGCGAUCAAAAAGGCUGGCCCAACGACCGAAUCCUGGUGGACGUCCGGCACCGAUCUCGGUAUGGAAGGAUCGUGGCUUUGGUUUUCGCGCAACCGACGGGUAGGUUCCGUCAGAGGAUGGACGAACUGGAUGGAUACGGAACCGAACAACGGCAACAGCCCGGAGCACUGUCUAGCGCUGAUCGGUGGCACCAAGGCUGGACAGUGGAGUGAUGUUGUUUGCACUGAUCCACGCUUUUUCGUGUGUGAAUAUGAUGUUUAAAUGUGGCAAUGUGUUGCUAUCGUUGGGAUGGGUAAUUUGAAAUAAAAUUUCCAAAAAUAA